UUUUUGUAAAUAUUUCUUAUAUUUUUAUUCCUUUUUUGAUGGAAAUUACUCUAAAUAGAUCUCCAAUUAAGUUGUUGUGUCUAUCUUUGUUCGUUUGUUUAAUUGCUAUUUUCUUCACACUUUUCUUAUCAUUUGAAAAUAAGAAUAGAUUUCCAGCAUAUUCUGGUGAAGUUUGGUAUUUAUUUAUUGCACAUCCAGAUGAUGAAACAAUGUUCUUUUCCCCAACACUUUUUACGCUUAAAUCUGUGGGUGUUGUUUUACAUAUUUUCUGCAUUACUUCUGGCGAUUCUGAAGGCAAUGGUUUAAUUAGAAUUAAAGAGCUGAUUGAAGCUGCCAAUACUUAUGGCAUUCCAAAUGAUCACGUACACAUUUUGGAUCGAAAUGGAAAAAUAUUUAUUGAUGGUUUUGUUGAAUGGAAUAUUACUAGUCUUGCUGAAGUAUUAUUAAAAAGAAUAAACCAGCCACCUAAAGGAAUAAUUACUUUUGAUGAAUGGGGUGUUAGUGGGCAUCCAAAUCAUAUUAAUUGCUUCAAAACAAUUAAACUUUUGACUAAACGAUGGAAUAAUACAAAAUUUUUUGCCUUACAAAGUGUACCUUUGUGGAGAAAAUAUUUAAGUUUUUUUGAUGUUUAUUUAACAGAAUUAUUAGAAAGAGAUAAACAAAUUGUUUAUAUAACUUGGUCUGGUCCGACAAGGUACUUACAAAUAUUUAAAAGAAAUUUUCUCUUAAUUUACAGCGCUUACGAAAUAAUGAUUAACCAUUAUAAAUCUCAAAUGCGUUGGUUUAGAUAUUUUUAUUUAAUUUUUUCACGUUAUUUGUAUAUUAACAACUUUGUUUUAAUUGACUAA